AGGCAACUUGACAGCCCAGAACAACAACCGUCUAGUGGUCCUUACAUCUACAUACGUGUAACUCAACCCCUUCUCUUUCAAUAUUUGGACGAAGAAAACAUUCCCUCUUUCGAACGGGGAAAGCUAUUCCCUCCCCGCCCAAGCUUUGGGGGCGCUGUGCAUGGUGAUCCUUCUUCGUCGAGAGGCGGCUCCAGGCACGCGGAUGGCGGGCGGGGAGGACUCGCUGCCGGCGCCGGGGAGGCCGGCUGCCCCGGCUUCCCAUCCCGGAAGUGCCUCCCACACCACAGUCGCCGGGACAGUUCUUGGGGGGUGGGAAGCCUUCGCCUUUUCGGCCGUAGCUCCGGCGUCGUGAUGGACCGCGGCAGCGGCUCUUCGGAGCAUCUGGAACGGCUGCACGAAAUCUUCCGAGGCCUGCACGGGGACCUCCGAGGCGCCCCGGAGAGGCUGCGCGGGUGCUCGGCGAUUGAAGAGAAAAAGAAGUUGAUACGAGAAUUUGAUGAAAAACAAAAAGAAGCGUAUGAAACGUUACGGGAAAUGGAAGAAGAACUGAAAUAUGCUCCAGUUUCUUUUAACAAUCAAAUGAUGGCAACGAUUCGGACAUACAGAAGAGACCUUGCUACAUUUCAGAGGAAAAUGAAGAGUACAGAUUUGGGAGUGGUACCAGGUGUGCGUGGAGAGCCUAAAUUUGGAAUUUUCUCUACAGAAAAUGAUCAGAGUACUCAGAUACAGUCUCAAAGGGUGUUACUGCUUCAAGGGACAGAAAGCUUGAACCGAGCCAGCCAAAGUAUAGAACGGUCACACCAGAUUGCUGCAGAAACAGAUCAGAUUGGUACUGAUAUAAUUGAAGAACUUGGGGAGCAGCGGGAGCAGCUAGAACGCACCAAAGGCAGAUUGGUAAAUACAAGUGAAAAUUUAAGCAAAAGCCGGAAAAUACUGCGUUCCAUGUCAAGAAGCUCUGGCCUCUUCACCCUGCCUCCAUUCAAGCAUUUGUAUCUCUGUGUUCUAUAGCUGCUCUAUGUCAGUUCUUGAGCUGUAAGGCG